AUGGCUCCUGCAAACUCCGGGCCUGCACUGUGCUCCCUCGAAGAGUUUCUAUCUCAAACCUACGACUAUGUAAUCGUUGGGGGCGGAACAGCCGGGCUCGUCGUAGCCGCUCGUCUGACCGAGAAUCCUGCUGUGAAAGUCGGCGUCCUCGAAGCAGGGAAGAAUCGCAUGGACGACAAGCAAAUCUCCACUCCGUGUCUUUACCCAAGCUUGAUCGGCCGACCUGAGUAUGACUGGUGCAUGUCUUCGAUUCCGCAGCCGAAUGCCGGCGGAAAGACAUACUCCAUGCCGCGAGGGAAGGUUCUUGGUGGAAGCUCGGCAAUUAACUAUCUGAUGUACGUUCGGGGAUCUCGGAAAGACUAUGACAGUUGGGCCGAGAUAGGCAACAAGGGAUGGGGUUGGGAUGACCUGGUUCCCUAUUUCCGUAAGCAUCAGAUGCUCGAUAUCCCGGAUCCAGCAGCCCUGCCUACGGACAAGCAGUUUAUGCCACACGCUGCAAAGGAGAGCUUCCAUGGGAGCGAUGGGCCAAUUCAUACCAGCUUCAAUGAUUAUUAUAUGUCCAUGGAGGAAGACUUCUGCAAAGCGGCAUACGAAGUCGGCGGGAAGACCAGUACACUGAACGAUGCUUGGAGUGGAGACCAUAUGGGCUUCUACUCUUCCUUGGGCGCCGUGGAUCGUUCAUCCGACCCAGGAAAUCGGUCAUAUGCUGCUACCGGGUACCUUCGUCCCAAUUUGGAUCGAAAGAACCUGCGCGUGCUGACCGAAGCGCACGCUACUCGGAUACUGUUGGACGGCGAGCGCGCAGUGGGCGUUGAGUUUGCGCAUUCGGGGAGGCUCCAUCACGUCAAAGCAAGCAGAGAGACUGUUCUCUCCACCGGCGUCAUCCAAACUCCUCAGCUCCUAGAGCUAUCAGGGAUUGGAGAUCGGGAAGUCCUUCGGAAGGCCGGCGUCGAGUGCGUCAUUGAAAACAAGACCGUCGGUGCCAACUUCCAGGAUCAUGUACUCGGCGGUAUGCUGUUCGAUUUGAAGGAAGGUGUGUUGAGCCUGGAUGAGCUGCACAGAGAGGAGUAUGCCAAGGCGCAGCAAGAGAUCUAUGAGGCAACACACGAUGGUCCGUACGGCAGUCCAGGGAUGUUGAUGGGUUUCGUCAGCUAUGCAAGCAUAGUCGGCAAAGAAGGAGUCCAGCGGAUGAUUCAAGAGAUCCAGGAGAAGAGCCUGGCGAAGACUCCCUUCGAGAAAGCGCAAGAGAAGGUAAUUGUCGACCAACUAGCAGACCCGACAUUUGCGAACCUGCAAACCUUCUGCAUCCCAUGCCAGCUGGAUGUGAGCGCAGGGAGUGACCAGGUUCAGUUCUUCAGCAAGCCUCCAGAUGGGAAGAACAGGGUCUCGCUGCUGAUCUGCCUCGAGCAUCCUCUGUCACGCGGUAGUGUGCACAUUUCGUCAUCGGAUCCGCUCAAGCCACCAGUUAUUGAUCCAGGGUACUUCCGCAGCGAGUGUGACGCAAAGAUACUCGCGGCAGGUCUGAAGUGGCUCGAUGCUGUAUCGAAACAUCCGCUCGUCAAGAAGUCGCUUGGAGAGCGUAUCCUGCCUCCUCCUGAGAAUAGUCUAGAAACAGAGGAGCAAAGAGUCGAAUACGUGAAGAAUCACAUCUCGACGCAGUACCACCUUAUUGGCACUGCUGCUAUGGGUCAAGUGGUUGACGAGAGGCUCCGGGUCGUGGGCGGGAACGGCCGGGUCGUGAAAGGACUCAGGGUAGUGGAUGCAAGCGUGUUCCCCGGCCACGUUAGCGGAAACAUUAUGGCGACUACAUAUGCGGUGGCGGAGAAGGGUGCGGAUCUGAUCAAGCAGGAUGACGUACCUAGCUAUGAUGCUGCGAACGGAUACACAAGUCUACCCACGACCUGUCCUGCAUCCCCCCAAGCGCACGCGACCGCAAUGUCUACCCCGCCCCGCCCACGCCUCUCUGUGUCAUCUCUACGUGACCCUCCCGGCUUCGACGACGCUCUCUAUUCCAUGCGUUGCUGCCGCGGUUCUUCCAUGAAGAGAGGAUAUCUGGCAUGGAUACAAUUGCCACGGGGACCGCCUGGCGCCUGGCGCCCGGCGCUCGUUGGGCGUGCAGCUGAGGGCAAACCGUAG